AAAAAGAGAUUUUUAAAUAAAUAACAUUCCUUGUAGAAACAGAUAUAAUAGUUUCCAAUAUUUACUUUGCGUGAUAAUCAUAAUCUUAAUUUUCUUGAGAAGUAAAAAAUGAGAAAGAGACAAGUAGGUAGUCUUAUUUAAAUGUAAUGUGGUGUGUAUAUAUACAUAUAUAUAUACAUAUUGUGUAAAAUGUGAGUGUUAUAAUUUCCGAUUAAAACAAUCUAAUUAAACUAUAAUGAUGCAUAGUACUAUUAUAAAGAGAAAGAGAGAGAGAGAGAGAGAGAGAGAGAGAAAGAGAGAAAGAGAGAAGAUAGUACAACGGUCGAUAAAAUCAACUGUAUCAUGGUUCGUAUCGCUCUGAACUCUUAUUGGUCGGCAGUUACGAUCCUGAGUGAGAAUCGACUCUCGAUUGCUCGAGUUAAAUCAGAAUGAACAUGACCGAACCCCAUUCCGAUAGCUGAUGUCGCCCCAUGGCGACGUCCCAGCGAUCGACGAUGGUCCCAGACUUCAGACCACAUCAGAAAUCCGUGUGAAAUGCGACAGAGCGGUUGAACUGUGGAUGAGCCGUGUCAGAUCUUGAAGAGUGAAGUUUCUGCGGUGCCUUGUGUGCAUUAAUAUCUGUGAGUUUUGCCAUCGUUGUGGAGCGUCCACAACACGAACGGUCCUUUAAAAAACUAUGUGAGCGCGAGUAUCGUGUUUCGAGACUUUUGUCGCCCAAGUGACGAAGAUUGAUCACCGUCAUCAUGUUUCAUCACGAGUACGAGAAACGGCUGGUGAAGCCGAUCACAACCGGAAUAACAGGCGGCGAUGGCAGCCCGAAUAUCGUACCUAACAGUUACUUCUCGCCGUCCGCCUAUUUCUCGCCCACAAAGACGUCAACGUGCAACAACAGCUACGACCGUUUUAUACCCACCCGCUCAGGCAACAACUGGCAAACCACGUUUUCGAUGAUCAGCGAGAACAGCAGAAGCGGCCUGGUGGCGAAGAAGACUCGAGAAAACGGCGAGGGUAAUCGCGACGGUAUUGCGUACUCCUGUUUGCUAAAGAACGAACUGCUCGGCGCGAGCAUAGAAGACGUCAAGUGCCCGUGCGAAGAACGCAGAGUGCUGUCACCGUUGGUAACCAAGAACCUAUUCAAGUAUACCACACCUACCAAGGAUCGCAGUUUGCUCGAUCAGAGCUCGCCGUAUUCCUUGUCACCUCUCAGUGCUAAGAGUCAGAAAUUACUGAGAUCACCUAGAAAGGCAACUAGAAAGAUUUCAAGAAUACCCUUCAAAGUUCUAGAUGCCCCAGAACUGCAGGAUGACUUUUAUCUGAAUCUAGUUGACUGGUCUUCUCAGAAUGUACUCAGUGUGGGUCUGGGAAGCUGUGUCUAUUUAUGGUCAGCAUGCACCAGUCAAGUAACAAGAUUAUGUGACCUCUCUAAUGACGGUAAUAGUGUCACUUCUGUUGCCUGGAACGAACGUGGUAAUCUGGUCGCGGUGGGCACGCAUAUGGGUUAUAUACAAGUGUGGGAUGUUUCUGUCAACAAACAGGUAAGCAAGUUGCAAGGUCACAGCGCUCGAGUGGGAGCCUUGGCCUGGAACACGGAGGUUCUUUCAUCCGGUAGCAGGGACAGACUUAUUCUUCAAAGAGAUGUCAGAAUACCGUGCGUGGUCGGGGAACGACGUCUCAGUGCUCAUCGACAAGAAGUGUGCGGACUGAAAUGGUCCCCGGACAAUCAGUAUUUGGCAUCAGGUGGCAACGACAACCGGCUGUAUGUAUGGAAUCUGCACUCUCUAUCGCCUGUUCAGACGUACACCGAACAUCUGGCGGCCGUUAAGGCGAUCGCCUGGUCGCCCCAUCAUCACGGAUUGCUCGCAUCAGGCGGUGGCACUGCCGAUCGCUGCAUUCGCUUCUGGAACACCCUGACUGGUCAACCCAUGCAGUGCGUCGACACCGGUUCGCAGGUUUGCAAUUUGGCGUGGAGCAAACACAGCUCGGAGCUAGUCAGCACUCACGGCUACUCGCAGAAUCAGAUCCUCGUGUGGAAAUAUCCGAGCCUGACGCAGGUGGCCAAACUCACGGGUCAUUCGUACCGGGUGCUCUACCUGGCGAUGUCGCCGGACGGCGAGGCAAUUGUCACGGGCGCCGGCGACGAGACUCUCCGUUUCUGGAACGUCUUCAGCAAGGCACGCAGCCAGAAAGAGAACAAAUCUGUUCUGAAUUUGUUUACCAGUAUUCGGUAAACAAAUCGGAUCGAAUUGUAGACCGGAGAAUCGAAUUUUGUCUUUUUAUUAUGUACAUACGCCUAACAUAUAUACAUCAUUGUCACCCAAAAAAA